AUGUACAAGGCCAGAUCAAACACUGCUGAUGUCUUGGCCCCCUCCUCCAGGAUGGUCAAGUCUGCCAUCAAAACCAUCCAUGCCCCAAGCAUUGCAAAAGAUCUGCUAGAGGUGCAAGCAGAAGCUGGUCUCAAAGACCAAUUUGAGUGGCAAGGUGAAGCAUGCUUCACAAGUGCCAAUUAUCACUCUAAGAGAACUGUGUGGUUGCUCAAGGAGAUUGGGGUUCCCUACAAGAUCAAGUCCUACCAUUGUCUUCCAUGGAGGCAGGCUCCUCCAGAACUCAAGGCUAUUCACUCACUCAGGAAGAGUCCUGUGAUGCAGGAUGGUUAUGGCAAGCUUGGGGAGAGGGGGGUGAUUAUUGAGUACUUAAUCAAGAAGUAUGGAAAGGGCAGAUUUGAACUGGGCAAAGAUGGAUGGGUGGAUAACCUCUACUGUGCAUAUUCACUCCCCAUCUCUGUCCUUCAGUGUUUCUGGGCUGAGCAUUUGACAGACACACACUUUGCAGAAGGCAGCAUCAUUGUCAUGGGCCUCAUAUUCACCAUGGGUACCCUUCUUCAUCUGCCCUAUUGCGGGCCUUAUUUGUAA